AAACACAUCUCCUUCCUGCCUGCGCUGCUCGGCGGGCCGCCGGUGGGCUUGCGUUAGAAGAGAAAGAUUUGUCGUUUUGAAGCCGCUUCUGCUUCAUAUUAGUGAAUAAAUCUUCACUAUGGGCAAGAAGGAAGAGGAAGAGGUUAUUAGGAUCGCGAAGAAAAUCGACAAAUUGGCGCAGAAGAAAAACGGGUCAGGGGCUUUGGAUCUUCUCAAAGAACUGAAGAAUGUGCCCAUGACUUUGGAGCUGCUUCAGUCGACCCGGAUCGGGAUGUCUGUGAACGCUAUCCGCAAGCAAAGCACAGACGAGGAAGUGACAUCACUGGCCAAAUCUCUUAUCAAGUCCUGGAAGAAGCUUCUGGAUGAGCCGGCUGGUGGAGACAAACCCUCUGAGGAGAAAAAGAAGGAGUCUGCAGCACCAGUCAUGUCCCAGUCACAGGGUAGCCCUGAGCCCAGAGAGGAAAGCUCCAGCAGUAAUUCAAGCAGUAAGAGCGAGGCAGUUGAUAUGAUGCCCACCACCCACACAUCCACGUUCCCUCGAGCACCAGGAACGUCCGACUCGGUGCGCCUUAAGUGCAGGGAAAUGCUGUCCAAUGCUCUGCAGACCGGAGAUGACCACAUCACCAUCGGGUCCGACUGCGAUGAACUCGGAGCCCAGAUCGAGGAAUGCAUCUUCCUGGAGUUCAAGAACACCGACAUGAAAUAUAAGAACCGUGUCCGAAGCCGAAUUUCGAACCUUAAGGAUAUGAAGAACCCCAACUUGAGGAGGAACGUCCUUUGCGGAAACGUACCUCCAGAUCGCAUUGCCAAGAUGACUGCAGAGGAAAUGGCCAGUGAUGAGCUGAAGGAGAUGCGCAAGAAUAUGACCAAAGAAGCUAUCAGGGACCACCAGAUGGCCAAGACUGGAGGAACUGUAACUGACCUGUUCACUUGCGGGAGAUGCAAAAAGAAUAAGUGUACCUACACACAGGUUCAGACUAGAAGUGCUGACGAGCCCAUGACCACAUUUGUCUUCUGCAAUGAAUGCGGCAAUAGAUGGAAGUUCUGCUGAAGAAGGAGCAGGCGUGCAGAGGAGUGGCUAAACUUUUGGACCAUCACUUUGUAACAUCAGCUGAUAGGACCGUUUAGGUUUUUUGGCCUCCAUCGUACCACGACGGCUACAGACACCAUCAAUGUUUUUUAUCAUUGUUUUGGUGUGGAUCAAAACAAUGUCCUGUGUUUUAACUUGACGUAUAGCUAGGCUCAGCCGUUGGACUAUGAUCAGUGUCGUUUCCUUGUUUGUUCGUUUGUCUUUUUUUUUUUUUUCCUCCCUUUUAACAUCAGGUUUUUAUAUGUAGUUUAAUGGAGGUAUUUUUGACCACAUUCACAUGUAGAAAAUUUUACCUUGCUUUUACCUGGGUAAAGGAACUUACCUGUAGUUAGGCUAUCUGAUUUUCUUAGGUUUCACCUGAUACAUUAAAAAAUAUUGAAUUUGAAAUGUUGCUUUUCUGCUAGCCUGACACAAGAUAGACGUAAGAAGACCCUUCCCACUUUUAUUCAUAUUUAUAUGCAUGAUUGGCAAAUUUCUACUGUGUACAUUUUUUUUUCUUUUAAGAAGUAAAACAUUUUUCCAAGACUUACAA